CCAGAACAGAACUGCUCAGUUGCCCGCAGUUCUCCCAUACACAACUCUCGCCAUGACCUCCACACUCCUGACCCGGGCAGCCAGGCCCGCAUGCCGCGCCCUGACCGGCCCCAACGCGAUCCUCUCCGCCGCACAACUCCCACCCACCACCACCACCAACACCACCCGCGGAUACUCGACACCUACAGAAACGAUCGAACACAAACCUCGAUGGGCGCAUACCCCGCCCCGCGCAAAGGCCCCAUUCAGUCUGCGGUAUAAUUCCCGACGGCCCGAGUAUCUGGUGAACUCGGAUCCAAAGAAGCUGGAUCAGUUCUAUAUUCGGAUGUUGGGUGAGGGUGGUGAGAUGGUGCUUUCGGAGGAGGUGAAGUGGCUUGCUGUUACGCAUAAGAGUUAUGAUCAGGGCCGGAGGGGAUUUAAUGAUCGGUUGGCUUUUAUUGGCAAGCGCAUCGUUCAAUUGCAGACCUCAUUGGCCCUGGUGCAGAACCCGGCGAACUCGACUGGCCCUGUUGCGGAAGACCUUCAUGGCCGACAACCGUUUGCUCACCCGGCGCUAGAGGGGCUUGACAGUCUGUCCGACAGCACGAAGGUGUUGCUCACGGGCAAGACGAAACUGGCGCAGUUGGCGCAGAAGUACGACAUGCAGAAUGUCCUGAGGUGGUCGCCGCGGAAGCCCAACAACCUCGCUGCCUCCGGAAUCGAACUCGUCAUGGCUCACACAAUGUACGCGGUUAUCGGCGCCAUUGCUCUGGAGAAGGGUGGACAUUUCGCCAACAAGGUGGCCCAGGACCGGAUACUGGAACCCUUGGGCGUGAAGACGAUUGCCUAAGAGUUCUUUGGGAGGAUAUUACUGGGAAUUGGCCGUAGGAGCAUAUCAUGGCGUUGUUCCGUUGUCUCUUGUCUUGUUUCUUGAUAUGAUAUGUUUAAGGAUGUGACAUCCUCUGUAUAUGUACUUUUACGAUACGGGUUUAGAAUACCACGACUUCUCAAC